UCACCAGAUUUGUUGCCUGGCUCUGAACACGCUCUAGCACCUCAAUAUCUUUCUUCAACUGAGAGGCCCAGAAUUGGACACAGAGCUUGAGGUGUGGCCUCACCAGUGCUGCAUACAGGGGAAGAAUCACUUCUUCCUGUCAUGAGUGAAGGAUUUAUGUGGUUGCUAAAUAUGAGGUAGUGAAAUAUGUAGAUUUUGUUACCAUGCAUAUAAAACAAGGACAAAUAAAUAGGAAGAAGUAAAUCCUCUGGUUCAAUGAAUAUAGCUAGAGUAGCUAUUCUUGUUCUGAGAACUCCAUAAAUGCUACCAGCACCCAGAAAUCUGUCAGAAUACUUUGCAUUCAGACAUAAAAGCCAUUCAUUAGAGAAAACUGAAAAGGCUGUGUGGAAGGGCUAAGCAAAAACACAAUGAAUUCCCUGAACAGAAAUGGAUGAAAGAAAUACUUUCAUUGUUAUGAUGGUCUUGUUAAAGAACCUGAAACAUGCUGAUUAAAAAGAUCAACAAGACCUAAUAAAUUCCUGAGUGAAAAACAGAAGGACCUUUAAUCUCCACCUAGUCUCAUAACCUGUCAAAUGCAAAACAAAAAUAUCUGCGAUUACAUGAAAUGACACUAUCGUUUUGAAAAUAUGACACUGAUGGAUUCCAGUCCUACCAAUCUGAAAUGCUGUGAGAGAAUGCUAGUGACACAUACUCCUAGGAUGUAUUUUUGAGUAUUUAAAUGCCAGAGUUGGGUCUGACUUACAUCUAAACUGUGGCGUGAGAUAUGUGAUAUCUGGACUCUGGAUUUGGAUCCCUUACUGUUUAGAAGGUUUGGGUUCUGAGGAAUAGCAUGUUAAGAAUGCUGUUAUAUCAUCAUAUUUACUCAGGCAUGGUCCUGUUUGCCUUAUACCCAGACACAACCCUUACCGAUCUCCACAGAAUUCUCAGGAUAUGGAGUAUGUGUGGGUGCUCACUGAAAACAGCUCAUCAGAGAGCAAGCAGCCUAUGUUUGGGACAGACAACCUGCAGUUCAGUUCAGUUCAGGUGAUUUGGAACAGAUUUGGAAUAUGUGAUACCAGGCUUUCAUUCAAGGGACAGCAGAUGGCAGCUCCCGUCUCUGGGCACUGGCACCCUGGAUCUCUGAUCACUACCCUUCUCCUCAUUGCUGCCUGGCCUAGAGAAGAGAAGCCUUCCCACCUGGUGAUCAACCUGCUGCAACAACAGUCUGUCUUGGGUGCUGGUGAUUUUUCUUUGGCCAUUUCUGACAGUUUCAGAAGUGAGUUUGCCAAUGGUUUCUUUACCUGUCGAAAGAAUGUGCUUCUGGCGAAGAGCCCGUCCACCCAGAUAGAAGGCGUCUUUGCUGCAUCCAGAGGAAGAUCGGUCUCAGAAGAGCAAGAAGCCCUUCUCCAGCAGUGGUUGGAGGAAGGAGCAGGGAAUUUGCCAGCCAGCGAGAGUGUUCCAGCAGUGGGGAAAGUAUCAGUUACAAUCACUAGUGACUGGUUAGAAGGUUCAGAGCUAUUGAUGACUAGCCUCAGAGAACUGAAUUCAUCUCCAGAAGCCACACCGUGUGCUGAUCAGCAGCUCUCAGAAGCAGCCUUGGCUUCUUCAGAACUGCAAGAUCAUGCAGUGGCUGAACGGGCAAGAUUACCAGCAGAGGAAACAGUGACUGUAGCAGGCAGUGCCCCUUGGGCAGCUGUGGUGCCACAGACAGAUCAGCAGAUAGCUGGCUGUGCUGGUAUCAACGCAGAAGUGCUGAAUGAUGACCCAGCUGUGCUGGCCUGGAGUUUAGCGUGUGAUGCAGAGACUGUGCCAGCAGAGCUCCUAGCCCAGCCCAUUCAGGAUGCAGUACCAUUUUGUCCUGUCCUGACAGAGGUGCCCUACCAUGAGAUUUUAUGGAGAGACUGGGAGGAUCUUUCUGUCCAGCCCUGUGUCCUAGAACAGGUCUCAAAAAACACUCCUCUCUUUGAAUUUCGAGUCAUGUCUUACAACAUCCUUGCCCAGGACCUCGUGGAACAGGGCCUUGAUCUCUAUGUACACUGUCAUCCAGACAUCCUGAACUGGAACUACCGCCUUCCAAACCUUUUGCAAGAGAUCCAGCACUGGAAUCCUGAUGUUCUUUGUCUCCAGGAGGUACAAGAGAACCAUUACUGGGAGCAACUGGAACCAACAUUCAAGGAGAUGGGCUUUGCAUGCUUCUACAAACGGAGAACCGGGACGAAGACAGAUGGAUGUGCAGUGUGCUAUAAGCACAGCAGGUUUCAGCUGAUCAGCCUCAGCCCUGUAGAAUAUUUCCGUCCUGGCCUGGACAUCCUCAAUCGGGAUAAUGUGGGCUUGGUGCUGCUGCUACAACCUGUGCUCCCAGAGGGCCUAGAUCUGAAGGCCAUCAGUCCUUUAUGUGUGGCCAACACUCAUGUGUUGUUCAAUCCACGCCGAGGAGAUAUCAAACUAGCCCAGGUGGCCUUGCUCCUAGCAGAGAUUGACAAAAUUGCAAGAACUACUGAAGGCAGCUACUAUCCUGUCAUCUUGUGUGGAGACCUGAACUCCGUACCUGAUUCUCCACUCUACAAAUUCAUCCGGAAUGGUGAACUUUCCUACCAUGGGAUGCCAGCCUGGAAGGUGUCUGGUCAGGAAGACUUUUCCCAACAGUUGUAUUCACGUAAACUGCUGGCUCCGCUGUGGCCGAGCUCGCUGGGUGUAACAGACAACUGCCAGUAUGUCACCCAGUGCCAGCCAAAGAAACUGGGGAGACGUGAAUACAGCCGUGACUUCCUGCUACAGUUUCGUUUUUGUGAUGUUGCCUGUGAACGACCCCCCCACCUGGUGCUCUUGGAAGGUGUGACAGAUGUUAAACCAGACCGCCCUGCACACUGGCCCAAGCCUGCUGCCGUGGUGAAAGACCCUGAUCCCCAGCCAUUCAUCCCAAGGUGUUCAGGUGUUAUCCAGCAUGGCCUCAACCUGACCUCUGUCUACAGCCACUUCCUACCACAGAGGGGACGCCCAGAGGUCACAACGAUGCCCAUGGGGCUUGGAGCCACUGUUGAUUACAUUUUCUACUCAGCAGAGCCCGUGGAGAACAGGGCAGGUCGCAGGUUAUACAAGGAUGGAGCCCUGAAGCUGCUUGGCCGCCUUUCCCUGCUCUCUGAAGAUGUCCUGUUGAUGGCAAAUGGCUUACCAAAUCCUUUUUGUUCAUCUGAUCAUCUCUGCCUGCUGGCUAGCUUUGGCUUGGAGAUUUCCAGCCUGAGAGAGAGUUAGUGUUGGUUCCCUUUCCCUAAAGAAAGGCUGUUCUGAAUACAGCAGUUGACACUCUGGAUUGCACAACCUGGUUGCAAGAAAACUCUUCCUUAUCAUGCCCUAAAAGUCUCUUCCUCCCCUCACACCCUCACUAAAAGAAGGGAUGGGAGAGUUGGAGUGCUUUUUGCAUUGGUAUUUAUUUUCUGGAUCUCUGCGACCCUGAGCUGUCUUCCCAGUGGGCUUCCAGUUGUAUUCAGGCAUUACCAUCUCUUAAAGGGAUCCUUGUUCCACUGCUUUGUUUAGCAGGUGUUUUUGUGCUGUGGGAACCAACAUAACUCUCAUGUUUAUUUGUCCCUGUGUGAGAUCUUCAAGGAGCUGGAAAAGAGAAGAGCAGUGCUAUCCACUUCUAGUUAGUUAAUUGCUACCAAGGAGCAUGGGAUGUAUACACCAAUAUUCUUUUACACCAAAACAAUAAUUCUUUUAAUUUCUCAGUGAUAGUUUAUGAAGUAUGGUUGUUUCAGGGCUAGUUGUAUUGUUGCCUUUUAGAAUGUUGGAUCUGCUAACUGCUUAGAAAUAUCUUUUACUUAAUAAUGUGUAAAGGCUGCCUUGCUGACAGAAGAGUUUGUGUGGUAUAACAGUUUCUACAAGAAACUGCUUGCUGUGACUAAUGGACCAGGGAAUGGGAUUGCCAGGAAGGGAGCCAGGGGUUCUACAGAGCCAGCUCUAGAAUGGCAGCAAAAGGCUAGAGGCCUUGGGGAAGACUCCAUUCCUUUCUAUAGCAGUCUCACAAUUGUACCUAGUUUGGCAGUUGUAGGAAAAAUAUUUAGGAUCCUCCCAGUGAAUAUCCAGUGGAAAAAAAUCACCCUGUAAGGCAUGACAACCCCAGAAGGCUAACUCUGGUGGUCCCAAAAGAGAGAUGAAAAUGGAAGGUAUGUGAGAGGCAGCAGAGACAUCAGAUGGAAGAGUUGAUACUCGUCAUUUGCCCUACUCUUUCUCUGUGCACUCCCAUUCAGCCAGGGGUCCAUAGCCAACCUGUAGCAUCCACCUGUGCCAGACUGAAGUUAUUGCUCCUUCCUUCCUCUGGCCCCAGCUAUGUUUUGGUAGGUAGAACUCUUAGGACUGACUCCUGUCUCUUGACAGGCAUUGGGAGGAAGGGUAAGGCUGUGUAACUUGGAGCCAGAUUGUCAGUCGUUUGGAUCCCAUUGUACCUUUGGAGUCCUAUCAGUGUGCUUUUCUCAGCAGUGGCUUGGCCAGUACAAAAGCAGUAGAACUGUACUUGUUUCUAGAGUAAAUUCCCCAGUUCAGCCUGACAUUUGGUCCUCAGUUUUUCCCUAAGAGAUGAGACCAUUGAAUAUUGGCAGAAAUAUUAUCAAUCAGCCAUUCUGGCAGGAAAUCUGGUCCCAACUCAGGUUUUUGUGGGAAGGUAUGAGGAGACUUGAAAUUUUGUUCUUUCUCCCUGGUCUAUAUUGAAGACUUUCAUAUUUUAAAUGUUACUUCCUUUAUUGAAAAAUAAAAUAAUCUAAGAAAAAACCCGCAAACUAAUGACAGCACCUUGUACUUCUGGCAGCUGAACCCUCUGAAGACUUGCUCAACAAGGUUUUGCUGGCUGAGAUGUGAAAGAGAAGAGGAAAAAUUAGCUACACAAGAUUGUAGUAAAGAGGGUUGAAGAGAGGGAAGAAGUGAGCUUAACUGUUUUCUUCCAGCACAUCCCCAAAUCCCAGAGGUGGAGAAGAGCUGGUUUUUCUGGCAUCAGGCUUGUCUUGCAAAAAAAAAAAA